UGGGAUGAGAUUCUAGGUGUGGCUUAAUUCAUCAUUCAACAUCCAAAACACCAAAAUAUCCAACUCAUAGAUGCUCUCCAACAAACCCCGUGAAUUUUCGGGGAAAUGGAGAGCCUCGUUUUGAGAGGAAGGGGACUUUUGAGGAGGCCAUUGUUGUUCGGAUGCCUAAGAUGGAGACCUCUCUCACAGUCCCUACAACGACUUUCCUUCUCGACCACUUCUCGUCUUGACGCACAUCCAGCCAAACAGUCGUCAAAAGACAAGACCAGGUUGCCUGACACACCAUGCCGUACCCGAUUUGCCCCAUCACCAACGGGGUACUUGCAUCUGGGUUCCUUGAGGACAGCCUUGUUCAACUACCUCUUGGCUAGGGCAACCGGGGGCCAAUUUGUCUUGCGGAUUGAAGACACGGAUCAGUCUCGUCUAGUACCAGAUGCAGAAGAGAGGCUCUACAAAGACCUUAAAUGGGCCGGUUUAUCCUGGGACGAAGGUCCUGAUAUCCGGGGCCCCUAUGGGCCUUACCGGCAGUCCGAAAGGCUCCCUCUCUACAGAGAGCAUGCCGAUAAACUUUUGCGCGAGGGGAAGGCGUACCGGUGCUUUUGCUCGCCCGAGGCCCUGGAGCAACACAAGAAGGAGGCGCACGAGUCCGGCCAACCAACCCUUUACCCCGGCACAUGUCGACACAUCUCCCUCGAAGAGUCUGACGAUCGUGCCCAUAAAGGUGAAGAGUUCGCUAUUCGGUUCAGGAGCGCCGAGGAGCCGCUCAUGAUCCAGGAUAUAAUUUACAGCCGCUUCAAGAAGAAGGACCCCGAGGACGACUACAUCAUCAUGAAGCGUGACGGCUUCCCGACUUAUCACUUUGCCAAUGUUGUCGACGACCGUCAUAUGGAAAUCACCCACGUCAUCCGGGGAGCGGAAUGGCUUGUUUCCACCCCAAAACACGUCGAGUUAUACCGGGCAUUCGGCUGGGAGCCCCCUCAGUUUGCCCAUCUCGGCCUGCUUGUCGAUAAAAACCGGCAGAAGCUGAGCAAACGCGACAACUCAGCCAGCAUGGAGUACUACCAAAACGGCCACAUCCUCCCCUCGGCUCUCCUCAACUUUGCAGUCCUACUUGGCUGGCGAGCGCCGCCCACAAAGGGGGAUGUCAUGAGUCUAGAGGAGAUGGUCAAAAACUUCUCCCUCAAGUUCAGCAAAGGCGACAUCAUCGUAUCCCUCCAGAAGCUCCCCUUCCUCCAGGACAAGCACCUCAGCCGGCUCUUCGAGAAGGACACCAAGACCCCCAUCGAAUCCCAGGUCGUCGAGCGCGAGUUCCUCCAGCCGCUCCAGGCCGCGAUCGAGCAGGUGCAGCAGGCCAAGGACGAGGAUUCGCUAAUAACGCCAGGUAAGUUCAACACGAACGACAUCGGCAAGCGGGUGGCGACGCCCCUCAUCCUGCACGAGCGCUACCGCCGGGACCUGGCGCGGCUGGUGCAGGCAUACAAGAUACCGCUGGAGAGCCCGGCCGACCGCUUCGCCAACGCGCUGCGGAGGCUGCGCUACUACAUCUGGGACGUGGCCCCGGAGGCGCAGGAGCAGGCGCUGCGCAGGGGGGCGUUGGAACCCAUGGUGCCGGCGCAGGAGGCCGGGAGCCAGGGGCCCGGGAACCAGCGGGCCGGGCGGCUGGGCCGCACCGUCGGGCGUAUGGCUGAGAAGUUCCGCGCCGUGGAUGAGCGCAACUGGAACCGUGGUGGCAUCGAGGCGGCGAUGAACGAAAUCGUGUCCGACGCCGCGUGCUGGGAGGGCUUCGGGACUGAGAACUCGCAGACCAACUUGUAUAUGACGCUGCGGUGGGCGCUGAUUGGGGGGGACAAAGGCUUGCCCAUGUGGACUACGAUAGAGAUUCUCGGGAGGGACGAGACGCUCCGGCGGUUGAGGGUCGCGGAGCUUGCCGCUGAGGCGGCGGCUGUGCCGCGGGAUGACAUCUCGGGCCUCAGUGGGUCAGUCAGGAUGAUGGUGUCGAACCGCAACGACGUAGGCUGAGUUCAAAAAUGAAUUACCCUGGUGCACCAAGCCCAAGUCCAUACCAACUUGCGAGGUGCUGGCGCAACGGGGUGGUUAUUCACUUUUAAGGCAGCCUUCGUACUCAGCUUAGGGUGGCACGGGCUGCGGGGGUGUAGCCUGGCCCGGCCGAACAACGAUGGGAACGUCCGAGGAUUGUAUCAUAGUGUGUAAAUAGAGAGAGUCUUUGUUGGACUAGACGGGUUGUAC